AGCAUCUGAUGAAUGACGUGACUCGCACAGAAGCCACCACCGCCGCACGUCCCUCGCUCUUCGCGGGAAUCAGGCAGUCAGCAGCCGUAGCCAGAUCCCUGACGUUUGUUUCGUCACGACUGGAGGUCGGUCCACCCAGCUCCCAGCUCCCAACUCCCAACUCCUGCUCCCUGCUCCCAGCUUCCAACUACCAGCUCCGCCUACUCGUGGUUGUGUUUACCCAACAUCGCGCACUCCUCUCUGCACGCAUGCGGCCUCCUCUCGGCAGCCUCCAUUGAGACCAUUGAGACGAGCUGCACCUGGACCCGGUGGCCACAUAGCCACAUUGCCAAACAACCAAAUAGCCGGCAAAAACAGUACUCGCUACGCACCCUGCGUAUCCACAAUCUUAACCGAGAAGUCCAUGAUAUACGUCUCAAACAUAGCCCCCAAAAGAUACCCUCAACCCACAUAAAUCGUUUGAAAAGUCAGUCGAAAUCCAAAGAUUACAAAGAUUACAAGGUCGAAACAUAAACCAUGUCCAUGUCACUGAGGGAGGGAUCUAUGAGCCAGGACAAUGGCAGCAUGUACAAGUCGAGUGCCAUUGAAGUCGACCCGAAGAAGAAGUCGGUGCAGGUUCCCCAGGCGCCCGGCGAGGAGGGGAAGCCGAAGAAGAAGGACGGCAUGCACCACUACAUGGCGGAGACCCAGGCCGACUUGCAGUACCGAUCCCAGAUCAAGGUGGCGGAGAAAGUCGACGACGAGGAGGUGGACAUGACGCCCAAGCCGAUCCUCAACGAGGCCUACGUGGAGCUGUUCAUGAAGUACAACCUGAACGUGCUGCACCAGGUGACGAACUUCACCACGAUGAUGUCCCAGAGCCAGCCGAGAUCCCGGACUCGCUCCAGCAUGCGGGCGGGCAUCGGCGGCAACAAGCUCUCCAUCGACGACCUGAUGAACGGGAUCAUUUACGAGACCAUCAACUGGGAGCCCUACAGCACCGUGGAGGCGAGGGAGCUGGCCUACGUGCCGAGGCCGUACACCCGCUCCUUCGUGAAGAUCACGCUGCGCAAGUCGGAGCUCUUCGAGCUGCACAGCCAGCCGCAGACGACGGUGGCCAAGGGGUCGCCGGAGGGCGAGGAGGCGGAGCGGGACAACCGGCUCUACGAGUAUCUAACGGUCGGCAAGGGCAAGGUGCGCCGCCGCUCGGACAACGACGCCCAGACGGACACGGUGCUGGUCACCUCGCGUGCGGCCAACACGAUCCUGAUCAGCAAGGCGACGGUCAGCUCGUACGUGUCCAACUUCGAGAUGUACGACACGCUGAACAACAUCAGCAAGGAGUACGCCACCUCGAUGAUGGGCUCGGUGAAGGACCUGCCCGCCGCGCUGGCGGCGCAGGCCGAGGAGGGGGAGGUCCUGGAGGACGAGGUCGAGGCCGUCGCCGAGAAGGACAAGGUGACCAGCCAGACCGAGCGGCUGCUCCGGAGCGCCGAGUUCCGCAACGCCGUCAUGUACAUGGGCCGCACCCUCUCGAGCAACAAUAACGAGGCGGGGAUGCGGCGCUUCCGCAACUUCGACCAGGUGGAGCGCUGGAACGCGGAGGCCGAGUACGUCUACUCGCUGAACCUGCUCUUCCGGCUGGUGCCGGAGCCCAGCAAGAACGAGCGCAAGGCGGUCAGCGACAUCGACUUCUGCCGCAGCAACGGCGACAUCCUGGCCGUGGCCUACGGCCUGUACUCCUUCUCCUCGCAGCGCGUGCCCACCUCGGGCAGCGUCUUCCUGUGGAGCGUGAAGAACCCGGGCGAGCCGGAGCGGGCCUACUACUACGACGUGCCGGUGACGGCCAUCAGUUUCUCGCCCUUCCUGCCCAGCCUGCUGGCCAUCGGGCUCUACGACGGCGGCGUCGAGGUGCGGGACGUGAGCAGCCUGCAGGACAUGCCCGUCGCCGUCUCGCAGCGCAGCACCUCGCCCGGCUCGGCGCCCGUGGUGGCCAUCCGCUGGAUCAAGCAGGUGGCCGACGACGAGGAGGAGGACAUCGACCCCUUCCUCAGCCUCUCGCAGGACGGCUCCGUGACGCGGUUCCGCAUCAUCAAGAGCCCCUUCCUGCUGGGCUUCACCCAGAUGACGCUGGAGCGCGUCGAGGGCCACCCCGAGGGCAUCUUCGUGCCGCCCUCCUCGCGCAUCCCCUGCGAGUCGAACCGGCACCCGCAGGGCCUCAGCCUCACCACCCACCCGCUGCACAAGGACAUCUACUACGUGCUCACCGACGAGGGCUGCAUCCACAAGUGCUCCAUCAACUACCAGCACCAGUACCUGGAGGUGCUGCGCUGCCACGACGGGGGCGUCACCGUGAUGGAGUUCUCGCCGUGGUCGCCGAAGCUCUUUCUCACCUGCGGCAACGACUGGUUCGUGCGCGUCUGGAUCGACGGGAUCACGCGACCCCUGCUCGAGCUGCAGGACGAGAUGACCCCGGUGCACUGGGCCAAGUGGAGCCCCACCCACUCGACGAUCAUUGUGUCGGUGAACCGGGAGACCGCCAACGUCUGGGACUUCCGGCGCAACUUGCUGCGACCCAUGUCCAAGCACAAGAUGGACUCCUCCUUCAACACGGUGGCCCGGUUCUCCCACUGCGGACGCACCCUGGUCAUCGGCAACGAGCGCGGCAACACGCUCUUCAACGCCCUCAACGACAUGCCCUUCUCGCCCCACUUCCAGUACGACGAGUUGGAGAAGGCCAUCUUCAAGGCCGUCGGCAACGACCACGAGCUGCUCAUGGAGCUGAAGAGCAUCGGCUUCUUCGGCUACCCCGACAAGAGAGCCUUUUUCUAGAUUUCACUGGAUUUGGUUCGUUGAAAUAAAGAACAUGCAAAAGCGAACAA